AACUUUUAAGAAACACAAAUUUAAUUAUUCAGAUCUCCCUCUUUCUGAUUAGAUUGCAGGUGCCCUUUAAAACGUGUUGAGGCGUCUCAAAACACCGAAGUGGAAGUAAUUAGUGGCUUAUUAUGAACACCUGCGCAACUUUGGGCUGCCAUUGUUGUUUUGCCUUCAUUUCCUGGAAGAGGACGUUAAAAAAAAAAGAGGAACGUGAGAAGAAAUACCUACAGAAGCUUUCGUAAAUACACGUUUUUUUUUUUUUUUGGUUUUUUUUUUUUUACGUUUAUCUCUGGCGGAUCGGCUGUAUGAGCUCCAGCUUCACAGGAACCAGUGAGGGAGAGGAACCGCAGGCAGGGGGCGGAAACGCGGCGGUGGCAGCAGCUGUGGAGCGGAGACGCGCAUCCCAACAUAUCAACACGCACGCACGCGUACACACACAUCUUUGUGUUUGCAGCGCAGGUCGGUCAGCUCGGUUAACUGGUUGUAACCAACAACACACCAGAAUCACCGGAACUCUCUAGAGUGGAUGUAACCUCCAGGAAAAAGGCUUCUUUUUUGUGCUUUGCUUCUGUUUUUAUCUUGCUUUGGCGAGUAUUUUUCUUUUCUUUUUUUUUCUUUUUUUAUUCUUUUUAUUUUUUUUUUACCCCCCUUGGCAGCAGUAAUUAGACAACGCAUCAGCUGUGUCGGUUUGGGUGCAGAGGACGAGCGAGAACCCGGUGACCCAUCAUCAUCAUGCCGGGCACGCUGUCGCUCUCGGACCGUCAGCCUCCUCCAGGUCCCGGGCACCACGCUGCUGCCGCUGCCGCCGGUAAAACCAUGAUGAUGUCCGGCUCGGGCUCAGUGGUCCUCCCGGCUGGGAUGAUCAAUCCUGCUGUUCCCAUCCGGGAUAUCAAGAUGAAAUUUGCUGUUCUCGUCGGACUCAUCCAGGCUGGAUCGGUCAGCAACCGGGAUAUUGUUGAAACGGUUCUCAAUUUGUUGGUGGGUGGUGAAUUUGACCUGGAGACAAACUUUAUCAUUCAAGAUGCAGAAAGCAUUGGCUGCAUGUUGGAGCUACUGGAGCACUGUGAUGUCACCUGCCAGGCUGAAAUCUGGAGCAUGUUCACUGCCAUUCUUCGAAAAAGCGCUAGAAAUCUGCAAACGAGCACUGAGGUGGGACUCAUUCAACAGGUGCUGCUCAGAAUAAGCUCGGUGGAUGACAUGAUUGCAGACUUGCUAGUAGAGAUGUUGGGUGUACUAGCCUGCUACAGCAUCACAGUGAAGGAACUGAAGCUGCUCUUCAGCAUGCUACGAGGAGAAGGAAGCUUCUGGCCAAAACAUGCAGUAAAAAUGUUGUCCGUGCUGAAUCAGAUGCCUCAGAAACACGGUCCAGAUGUCUUCUUCAACUUUCCUGGUCGCAGCGCAGCAGCAAUUGCUUUACCUCCUAUUGCUAAGUGGCCUUAUCAAAAUGGGUUUACAUUCAACACCUGGUUCAGAAUGGAUCCGUUAAAUAAUAUCAGUGUCGACAAGGACAAACCAUAUCUCUACUGCUUUCGCACCAGCAAGGGGAUCGGCUACUCUGCACAUUUUGUUGGGAACUGUUUGAUUGUGACGUCGCUCAAGUCUAAAGGAAAAGGUUUUCAACAUUGUGUCAAGUAUGAUUUUCAGCCCAGGAAGUGGUACAUGAUCAGUAUUGUUCACAUCUACAGCCGCUGGAGGAACAGUGAAAUCAGAUGCUAUGUAAACGGACAGCUCGUCUCUUACGGAGACAUGGCGUGGCACGUCAAUACAAAUGAUAGUUAUGAUAAGUGCUUCCUUGGGUCUUCAGAGACAGCAGAUGCUAACAGAGUAUUCUGCGGGCAGCUUGGAGCUGUCUACGUAUUCAGUGAAGCCCUCAAUCCUGCACAGAUAUUUGCAAUUCAUCAGCUGGGACCAGGCUAUAAGAGUACAUUUAAGUUCAAGUCAGAGAGCGAUAUCCACUUAGCAGAGCAUCACAAGCAGGUGUUGUAUGAUGGCAAAUUGGCUGGCUCCAUCGCCUUCACCUAUAACGCCAAGGCCACUGAUGCACAGCUUUGCCUGGAGUCUUCACCUCGAGAAAAUGCCUCGAUUUUUGUGCACUCACCACAUGCCCUUAUGCUUCAGGAUGUGAAAGCCACAGUUACACACUCCAUCCACAGUGCCAUUCACUCCAUUGGUGGUAUCCAGGUGCUCUUUCCACUCUUUGCUCAGCUGGAUUAUCAUCAGUCCAAGGACAGUGAAGUGGAAACUACAGUCUGUGCCACACUUCUAGCCUUUCUGGUGGAGCUACUUAAGAGCUCUGUGGCCAUGCAAGAACAGAUGCUGGGAGGAAAAGGCUUUUUGGUCAUCGGGUACCUGUUAGAGAAGUCUUCACGUGUGCACAUCACCAGGGCUGUACUGGAGCAGUUCCUCUCCUUUGCAAAGUAUCUUGAUGGUCUAACACAUGGAGCUCCUCUGCUGAAGCAGCUGUGCGACCACAUUCUGUUCAAUGCUGCCAUUUGGAUCCACACACCUGCCAAGGUACAGCUGUCCUUAUACACAUAUCUCUCUGCUGAGUUCAUUGGCACAGCAACCAUCUACAACACAAUCCGUCGGGUUGGCACCGUCCUCCAGCUUAUGCAUAUGCUGAAGUACUACUACUGGGCCAUCAACCCUGUAGACAACAGUGGCAUCACUCCAAAGGGUCUUGAUGGUCCAAGGCCAACCCAGAAAGAAGUUGUUUCUCUGCGAGCGUUCAUGCUUCUCUUCCUCAAGCAGCUCAUUCUGAAGGAUCGAGGCGUGAAGGAGGAUGAAUUACAGAGCAUCCUGAACUAUUUGCUAACAAUGCAGGAGGAUGAAAAUCUGCAUGAUGUGUUACAGUUGGUGGUGGCUCUGAUGUCUGAGCACCCAGCUUCCAUGAUCCCUGCUUUUGACCAGAGAAAUGGAAUUCGGGUCAUCUACAAGCUCUUGGCCUCCAAGAGUGAAAAUAUUCGUGUACAGUCCCUCAAAGUUCUUGGUUACUUUCUGAAACACCUGGGACACAAAAGGAAGGUGGAGAUAAUGCACACACACAGCCUUUUUACUCUUCUGGGCGAGAGACUUUUGUUGCACACCAGCACUGUCUCUGUUACAACAUACAACACCUUGUAUGAGAUUCUGACAGAGCAGGUGUGCACACAAGUAGUUCACAAACCUCAUCCUGAUCCCGACUCCACCGUCAAGAUUCAAAACCCAAUGAUUUUGAAGGUGGUGGCAACUUUACUGAAGAACUCUGCUCCCAGCACGGAGAUGAUGGAGGUUCGGCGGCUCUUCCUUUCAGAUAUGAUCAAACUCUUUAGCAACAGUCGAGAGAACAGACGAUGUCUGCUGCAGUGCUCUGUAUGGCAGGACUGGAUGUUUUCCCUUGGCUACAUCAACCCUAAAAACUCCGAGGAGCAGAAAAUCACUGAGAUGGUGUACAACAUUUUUCGUAUUCUGCUCUACCAUGCCAUCAAGUAUGAAUGGGGAGGAUGGCGCGUGUGGGUGGACACUCUCUCCAUAGCCCACUCAAAGGUGACAUACGAAGCACACAAAGAAUAUUUGGCUAAGAUGUAUGAAGAGUACCAGCGCCAGGAAGAAGAAAAUAUCAAGAAAGGGAAGAAGGGGUUGGUCAGCACUAUCUGUGGCUUAUCUGCUCAGGCCUCAGGUAUCAAAGACGUGAUGGAGAUUGGAGAAAUGGACGAUAACUCCCAAACGCCUGAAAGUGAGACGGACUACGAUAGUGCUGACUCGCGUCACCUGUUGACUGAAAAGAAGGGAGCUGAAGAUGGCGCUGAAGAUGGGGUCAGGGUUGAAGUUCAUGACCUGCUGGUGGACAUAAAGGCUGAAAAAGUUGAAGCUACGGAGGUAAAGCUGGAUGAUAUUGACAUGUCCUCUGAAACUUUGGGAGUGUCUCAGAAUGGACCACUGGUUGAGGUGGAUUCUCUGUUGGAUAAUGUUUACUGUGCGGUUGUGGGAAACCUCGACGGUAAUGUCAGCAAUAUGUUGUUACCAAAGGACAGUAUGGACAGCCAUAAUACCGGCCCUCUCAUUACACUGGAUGAUGACAAGGAUGGCAUCCCUCACAGCAACAACUUCCUGUUUGGCAAAGUGACAGGCGGGAUAGAGGACAAGCUGCUGCCUGAUCUCAGUCCAGCUGUGCCUCUGGUCCUGCCUAGUGCAGAACUGCCUGUUCACACUGACCCGAGGGAUGAGCUCGGCCUUCUGGCUCACAUGACAGGCAACUCCUUGCCCAGCAUCCUAGAGAAGGAUGAGUUUGACCUUAAGACAGCCCUUGAAGGUAUCAGCUCUGUCACUGCGACUGAAAAUGAGAACUCCAAAAUCUCAGAAUCCGACACAACUGCUCCUGAAACAGUCCCCUUGUCUGAUACCCCUGACACUGCCAGAUCAGAUGAUGGCAGGGGCAGGGAUAUGAAAAAGAUUCAGACUACAGCCACGACACAGAGUCUGCAUGGACGCCUCAUCUCUCAGGUGGACAAGGAUGUACGUGUGGACCUAGGCUUUAGAGGAGUACCCAUGACAGAAGAACAGAGACGUCAGUUCAGCCCUGGUCCACGCACCACAAUGUUCCGCAUCCCCGAGUUUAAAUGGUCAAGCAUGCAUCAGAGGCUGCUCACCGACCUGCUGUUUGCACUGGAGAGCGACGUCCACAUCUGGAGAAGCCACUGCACCAAAUCUGUUAUGGACUUUGUUAACAGUAAUGAAAACAUCAUUUUUGUGCACAACACCAUCCAUCUCAUCUCCCAAAUGGUAGACAACAUCAUUAUUGCCUGUGGAGGGAUUUUACCUCUUCUUUCAGCAGCCACCUCUCCUUCUUCGGAGUUGGAGAACAUUGAGGCCACGCAGGGCAUGUCCUCAGAGACUGCCAUCACUUUCCUGUCCCGUCUCAUGGUUAUGGUGGAUGUUUUGGUCUUCUCGAGUUCUCUCAACUUCAGUGAGAUUGAGGCCGAGAAGAACAUGUCCUCUGGUGGCCUGAUGCGUCAGUGCCUCAGACUGGUGUGUUGUGUGGCUGUAAGGAGCUGUCUGGAGUGCAGACAGAGACUCGGCAACAGAACUCAGGAAAUCCUGCAAAAUACUGUGGCUUUGAACAAGACGAGCAUGGAAACUGCCCCCACCAACCUGUCUCCCAUCAAGGACCCCGAUCACCUUCUGCAGGAUGUGGACAUCAAUCGACUCCGAGCUGUAGUGUUUCGUGACGUGGAUGACAGCAAACAAGCCCAGUUCUUGGCUUUAGCUGUGGUGUAUUUCAUCUCUGUUCUCAUGGUCUCAAAAUACCGCGACAUCCUUGAGCCUCAGUGUGAAACUGCCAAGAUAAGCAGCCAAUCAGGCCACAGCGUGUGUCAGGAGAUCAACUCUCUCGCCAUCAAAGAAACACCACCAGCGUUUCCAAGCAUGCCAUCCGAAGGCUUUCAUUUGGAAAGUUCUGUGACCCACACAGACUCAGGGAUUGGAAAUAAGCAAGUAGCCCGAAUCCUUAAUGGUUCUGACCUGCAUCACAGAGCCGGAGGACCUGGCAUCAUGAGUGAGCUUAUAUCCACGCUGUCCUCAGAGGUAAAGAAGUCCCAGGAGAGCCUGUCUGAAUGUCCUGAUGUGGAGAUGAUCAAACCACCAUCCUCCAUGAUCGGCAUUAAUCAGUCCAACAAAGGCAUCAAUGUCAAGGAGAUUUUGAAAAGCCUGGUAGCAGCCCCAUUGGAGGGAGUUGAGGCUGGACUGGAGCCUGUGUCCUUCUCCGACUCUGUAGUCAAGGCCCAGGCUGUGCUGCCGGUGCAGUUUCAGUCCUUUGACAGGAGUGUGGUGGUCCCCUUGAAGAAAACCUCCCCUGGCAGUUUACCAGUGAACACGCAGGGAACCGUCAGCAGCAGCACCUCUCCUGGACUUACAACCUGCAGCACCCCCAACAUCUUUGCUGCUGCCUCUGCAACCCCCAAAAGCAUGAUUAACACAACCGGAGCCACUGAGGCAGCCUCCACCUCCUCCUCAUCUUCCUCCAGUUUUGUAAAUGGAGCUACGAGUAAAAACCUUCCAGCUGUGCAAACGGUGGCCCCCAUGCCUGAAGACACUGUUGAAAAUAUGAGCAUUACUACAAAACUAGAACGAGCUUUGGAGAAAGUGGCGCCCUUGCUGCGAGAGAUCUUUGUGGACUUUGCACCUUUUCUGUCACGAACCCUGCUGGGCAGCCAUGGACAAGAGCUGCUUAUAGAAGGUUUAGUAUGUAUGAAGUCAAGCACCUCAGUGGUGGAGCUUGUGAUGCUGCUUUGUUCUCAGGAAUGGCAGAACUCCAUUCAGAAGAAUGCUGGCCUAGCUUUCAUUGAGCUCAUCAAUGAAGGAAGGUUGCUGUGCCACGCCAUGAAGGACCACAUCGUUCGUGUUGCCAACGAGGCCGAGUUCAUCCUCAACAGACAGAGAGCAGAGGACAUCCACAAACACGCAGAGUUUGAGUCCAGCUGUGCCCAAUAUGCAGCCGAAAGGAAAGAAGAAGAGAAGAUCUGUGACCACCUGAUCAGCGCUGCUAAACACAGAGAUCAUGUAACGGCCAACCAGUUAAAGCAGAAAAUUGUCAACAUCCUCACAAACAAGCACGGUGCCUGGGGUACGCCUGGUCAGAGUCAGCUGCACGACUUCUGGCGUCUCGACUACUGGGAAGACGACCUGCGACGGCGGAGGAGAUUUAUCAGAAACCCUUUUGGCUCCACCCACCUAGAUGUUGCAUGCAAGUCAUUGCAGGAGUAUGAUUUGAAGGCAGGUGAGGCGGGGAAAUCUAAGGCAGUUUUCCGGAGCCCAACUGUGGCCAGUCAGAGCCCAGAGACAGAACUGAUACUGGACGGAGACAACGACAACGUCAGCCUGCUGCAGGAGAAGGAGGUGGACAACCUGGGUGGUCUUGGCAUACACUGAGGGUUUACAUGGGAAGUGGAUGUUCAGUGAAAUCCGAGCUGUCUUCUCUAGACGCUACCUUCUGCAGAACACUGCAAUCGAAGUCUUUAUGGCCAAUAGAACUUCUGUUAUGUUCAACUUUCCUGACCAGGCCACAGUAAAGAAAGUGGUCUACUGCCUCCCUCGAGUGGGAGUGGGCACCAGCUAUGGUCUUCCUCAAGCCAGACGUAUCUCACUGGCAACUCCACGACAACUUUUCAAAUCUUCCAACAUGACCCAACGCUGGCAAAGAAGAGAAAUCUCCAACUUUGAGUACCUCAUGUUUCUCAACACCAUAGCAGGGAGAACAUAUAAUGACCUGAACCAGUACCCAGUCUUUCCCUGGGUCCUCACCAACUAUGACUCUGAGGAGCUGGACCUGACCUUGCCAGGGAACUUUAGAGAUCUUUCAAAGCCUGUUGGUGCAUUAAACCCAAAACGUGCAGCUUUUUUUGCUGAAUGCUAUGAGAUGUGGAAGGAUGACCAGAUCCCACCUUGUCAUUAUGACUCCCACUACUCCACCACUGCCAACACCCUGCACUGGCUUGUCAGAAUAGAGCCCUUCACCACAUUUUUCCUCAGUGCCAACAAAAACAAAUUUGACCAUCCUGACCGCACAUUUUCUUCAAUUGCCCGCUCCUGGAGAAACUGUCAAAGAGACACCUCUGAUGUAAAGGAACUGAUUCCUGAAUUCUACUAUCUUCCGGAGAUGUUUGUCAACAGUAAUGGCUACCAUCUCGGAAUGAGGGAGGAUGGGACCAUGAUCUGUGAUGUGGACUUGCCGACAUGGGCCAAGAAGCCAGAAGACCUUGUUAGGAUAAACAGAAUGGCUCUGGAAAGUGAGUUUGUGUCAUGUCAGCUACAUCAGUGGAUUGACCUUAUUUUCGGCUACAAACAGCGAGGCCCGGAGGCAGUGCGUGCCCUCAACGUAUUUCACCACCUGACUUAUGAGGGCGCCAUCAGCCUGGACAGUAUCACUGACCCUUUGCUCAGAGAGGCCACAGAGGCGCAGAUCCAGAGCUUUGGACAGACGCCAUCUCAGUUGCUUAUCGAGCCACAUCCUCCACGCAGCUCCGCCAUGCACCUGAGUCCUCUGAUGUUCAAAGACCAAAUGCAGCAGGAUGUCAUCAUGGUGUUGAAGUUUCCAUCCAAUUCGCCUGUAACCCACGUGGCUGCCAACACCCUGCCCCAUCUCACCAUACCCGCCGUGGUUACCGUCACUUGCAGCCGACUGUUUGCCGUCAAUCGAUGGCACAACACUGUAGGUCUCCGAGGAGCACCAGGCUACUCACUAGAACAGGCCCAUCACCUCCCCAUAGAGAUGGAUUCACUGGUCGCCAACAACACUGGCAGCAACAAGCGUCAGAUCACAGACCUAGUGGACCAAAGCAUUCAAAUCACCACACACUGUUUUGUGGUGACAGCUGACAACCGCUACAUCCUGGUGUGUGGCUUCUGGGACAAGAGCUUCCGUGUGUACUCCUCUGAGACAGGCAAGCUGACCCAGAUCAUUUUUGGCCACUGGGAUGUGGUGACCUGUYUGGCCAGAUCAGAGUCUUACAUUGGUGGAGACUGCUACAUUGUUUCUGGGUCCAGGGAUGCUACUCUGCUGCUGUGGUACUGGAGUGGGCGGCAUCAUAUUAUUGGUGACAACCCUAACAAUGGUGACUAUCCAUCCCCACGUGCAGUUUUGACUGGUCAUGACCAAGAAGUGGCAUGUGUGUCAGUCUGUGCAGAACUGGGCCUAGUCAUCAGUGGAGCCAAAGAGGGUCCAUGUUUGGUCCACACCAUAACAGGGGACCUGCUGCGGGCUCUGGAGGGACCAGAUAACUAUCAGUGUCCACGACUCAUCACAGUGUCCAGCGAAGGUCACUGCAUCAUUUACUAUGAGAGGGGCCGCUUCUGUAACUUCAGUAUUAAUGGAAAGCUUCUGGCACAAAUGGAGGUCAAUGAUUCAGCCAGGGCAAUUCUUCUGAGCAGCGAUGGGCACAACCUGGUGACAGGUGGAGAUAAUGGCAUUGUGGAGGUGUGGCAGGUUUGUGACUUCAGAAAGCUCUACAUUUAUCCAGGCUGUGAUGCAGGCAUUCGAGCCAUGGACCUCUCCCAUGAUCAAAGGACUUUAAUCACAGGCAUGGCCUCUGGCAGUAUCGUGGCAUUUAACAUAGAUUUCAACCGAUGGCACUACGAACACCAAAACAGGUACUGAUGAGUAAAAUACCUUCAGAAAGAUUUGGAAAGUUAAAAGAUCAACCUGUGACAAAGCUGGACAGCAGAAGAUAAGAGCAUAGAAGAGGCCAAGAAUACAGGAGAACUUCAGCAAGACAGAGAAUUUGACGUCCUUAUAUUUGUUCAUCUGAUCUCUUGGGUAAACAUGUUGCUUUUUCUCUGUUCCUGAUCAGUCUGGACACAUAGUUGGUUUUCACAUCUUACAUGAAAAACCAACCAAGUUUUCAGUUGACUUAAGAAAAACUGUUCUUCUGGGGGGGAAAAGAAAGAGAGAGAGACUGAGAAAGUAACAAUUGCAGAUAAUAAAACACUAAAUGUUUUCCUUUCAAACUGUGAACAAAAUCAUUGCAAAAUAAACCUCUGUUAGGAACAUUUGCACAUUUGUUCAACUUAUUUUUGGAAUACCGGUACUUCUUUGUCCAAAAGCUUAUCUGUGAGUAAAGACAGUUUUAGUUUUUUUUACUGCAUAAGCUAAAAAAAAAAAAAGAUCAAAAUGGUGUUUGACAUAUCACUGUUUUAUCAUGCAAGCCAUGAAUAAAUGUUGAAGUUGUCUUUAGUUAGAUAGUUGUUGGAUAGUUACAUGUACAAGACCAUUGUCUGCACUUAUACAGUGGUUAAAUGUAUGUUUGUAAAAACAAAUGUCCAUGUUUGUUGUUUGUUAAAAUGAAAGAAGUCAAACUUAGCGUGAUUGUCCUUUGUGAUAAAUGUUUUUGAUAUGUCAACAGUAAAUUGAUAUUUCCAUAUUUAUUUAAAAUUUAAACUGUUAAAUAUCAAACAACUACUUUAAAAAAGAAACGUAUUGUGAAAUUUUUGCAACAAGAAUUUACCAGAGGAUUAAAUACCAGAAUUGUUUGACUAAAUUUAUUGAUUUCUGUUUGUGGUGCUUUUGUUAAAACAUCAAGUAAUUAAUGUCACUUCAGAGAUUAAUAUUGUAUUUUUUUUUUCAGUUUGCUGUCUUUUGUUCCAGUUUUGGCCCAACUAUUUUAGGUUUGUGUGUUCAUAACCAGCAGUUAACACCAUAACUCAGUGCUAUUGUAAGCAAUACCACUUUGUUUCUAAAUGGUUUGAGGAAGGUUUUCUGUUAUGUGGCAUCUUCUCAAUGAACUGGACAAAAAAUGACUACUCUAUUUUUGGUAUAAUGAUCAAAGUAAUCAAAUCAAAGGAUUUAAAGAAUUGCUAUGAGCCGUGUGUCUGUCUUUAGGCAAAUGAAAAUAUGCAAAUAUAUAUACUUUUUUUUAAAGACAGGUGCUACAUGACACCAUUCUACCAAAAGCAGUAAUUUUGCAUGUGUGACUAUGUUAAAGGCAUUGGGUUUACUUUUCUUUAUUCUAAACAGUUUUCAUUUUGAAUUAAAUUUUGAGAUAAAAAAUGCAGUUUGUAAAGUAAGCAGUGCUUUGAAAUUUCAUGUGAUUUCAGCUGUGUUGCCAUCAGUUUGCAUAUGUUUUGGUUGAAAUGAAACCUGGUCAGACUGAUGACAUCAAAAUUCUUUUUUUAAAUAAAGAGUAAAUGUACUUUAAAA